UUAAUAACUAAUUAGAUCUCGAAAUCGAAAUCUUACAGACUAAACAAUGGUUACCAAAUACCAAUCCCAGUUUCAUUACUCUUUAUUAUUUCAAAUCUAAAAUCCCCUUUUCUCCUUAAGUAGUUAAAGUUAAUUAAGUCGUGUUUCCACGUAAACGGCGUUAGAAGCGCCUCUAAUUCUAGUAUCAUCAUCAUCAUCAUCAUCUAUUCUUUCUUUCUUUCUUUCUUCAUUUUCAGCGUUUUAUUGCCCCCUCCUCUUCCUUCUAAUUCUUUCUUUCUCUUUCGUUAGUUAGGGUUUUCCAAAUCCAUCGUCGUUUUCAACCCUUAACGACGCCGUUUCAAGAUGAUGCCCCCGGGACUCGUUUCCAAUCUCCAAGAAGUGCUUCUCAACCGAAAAGGCGAUUCCAAUUCGAAUUCGAAUUCAAAUAAUGCAGAGCAGCAUGAACAAUCCAGCGAGAACUCGGAGCCUGUUGAAUUCGACGCCUCGAAGCCAAUUGUGUUGGUGACGAACAGUGAUGGCGUCGAAUCCCCUGGCCUCACGCACCUCGUUGAAGCUCUCGUUCAACAAGGCCUUUACAAUGUCCACGUCUGCGUUCCUCAAUCGGACAAAUCGGUUUCGGCGCACUCCGUAACGCUCCGAGAAACUAUUGAAGCUGCUUCUGCCAAAAUUAGUGGCGCCACCGCCUUUGAGAUUUCAGGAACUCCUGUGGAUUGUGUUUCGCUAGCGUUAUCUGGAGCGUUGUUUUCGUGGUCUAAGCCUAUGCUGGUUAUUAGUGGGAUUAACCGCGGAUCAAACUGUGGUCAUCACAUGUUCUACUCAGGGGUUGUUGCCGGAGCUAGGGAAGCGUUGUUAUGUGGUGUACCGGCAUUAUCAAUAUCAUUAAAUUGGAAGAAGGAUGAAAGUCAGGAAAACGAUUUCAAGGAUGCUGUAUCAGUCUGUUUACCAUUAAUAAACACAGCUAUUAGGGAUGUUGAAAAGGGAACUUUUCCCAAAAGCUGCCUUUUAAAUGUAGAAAUUCCGACAUCUCCUUUGAGUAACAAGGGCUUCAAAUUAACCAAGCAAAGUAUGUGGAGAUCCACUCCAAACUGGCUAGCUGUUUCCACCAGCCGUUAUCCAACUGGUCAUUUCUUGGCCAAUCAAGGGGGCCUUGGUCUUCAGUUUGCACAGCUUGGCCGAGAUGCUUCUGCAGCUGGUGCAGCUCGUCGAUUGGCUACACAGAAGAAGAAUUUGGAGAUUAUUGAAUCAAUGGGAGCUGCAGGGAAAUCUGAUCCCAACAGGGUGAAGAAGUAUUUCAGACUAGAGUUUCUGGACAAUCAGCAGGAGGAAGAAGUAGACGAAGAUCUGGAUUACAGAGCACUUGAAAGUGGAUAUGUCGCAGUGACUCCGCUGUCUAUUUCUCCUCAUAUUGAGACUGUUAUUCAAAUGGCAGCUUCUGAUUGGAUUUCUGCUGUGCUUCCUGGUGAACAAUAAAUUUGGUAUGAUUGUGUACAUUUGAGAUUUAUGAUGAUUCUUUUUUAUUUUUUUCUUAAAGCAAAGAUGGAGCAGAAGCGGUAGUCACACCUAUUCAAUAGUGGAUUUCCACUUGUACUAUUUUUCUUUUUCUAUAUUUUUUGUUCCCUUCUUCAUUGUUUCAGUUCCUUUUGGUGACUUAGUUGUUUCUGAUUUGAAGCAAAUGCUUCUUGUAAUUUCUUGGGCAUAUUUUAGAAAAAUGCCAUUUCGUCUGUUUGUAAUAUCUAUUACUAGCAAAAACACGGGAGCAGCUGUAAUUUUCCGUUGUUUUUUUUUUUUUUGAAGAUAGUUAAGCCCUGGAUUGAUGAUUUCUUAUCCUGACUAAAAUACAUUGGUUACAAGUUAGUUGCACUA